CUUUCGGCUGCCGGGGAAAAAACACACUGCUGCCACACCGUUGCCGACGAAAAUGGAUGCAGGUAUACCUGUGGCAACCCAUGUUGCUGCGGGCCAUUCUACUGCGACGUCGUUAGGACCGCAUGUCUUUCCAUAUCAAAACGAACAUGUUCCAGGUGUGCAAAACGCCAAAAGGGUUACAGGGAGCCUACUGUUCGGUUUCGCAUUACAGGGUCGAAAAAGACGCACCUUACGACCAGCUCGAUUAGCCCGGAAAGCCACAGAGAACAGCGCCCUCAGAUCUUUUUUGUUGGGAGAGCCGCCUGCGAAAGCAGUCGACGACGCCGAGCCUCCGAAGCCUGCCAAGCCAAGUUCAGAAGUGAAAGCAGCGCCAAAGACUGCAGCCGAGCCUCCGAAGCCUGCCAAGCCAAGUUCAGAAGUGAAAGCAGCGCCAAAGACUGCAGCCGAGCCUCCGAAGCCUGCCAAGCCAAGUUCAGAAGUGAAAGCAGCGCCAAAGACUGCAGCCGAGCCUCCGAAGCCUGCCAAGCCAAGUUCAGAAGUGAAAGCAGCGCCAAAGACUGCAGCCGAGCCUCCGAAGCCUGCCAAGCCAAGUUCAGAAGUGAAAGCAGCGCCAAAGACUGCAGCCGAGCCUCCGAAGCCUGCCAAGCCAAGUUCAGAAGUGAAAGCAGCGCCAAAGACUGCAGCCGAGCCUCCGAAGCCUGCCAAGCCAAGUUCAGAAGUGAAAGCAGCGCCAAAGACUGCAGCCGAGCCUCCGAAGCCUGCCAAGCCAAGUUCAGAAGUGAAAGCAGCGCCAAAGACUGCAGUUGCAAAGGAACAUGUGAAGUCAGCUUUGCUUGAUGAGUCUGACAAAGAGGCACCCCGCUGGUCGAUGUUACUGGAAACCUUUGCGGAGGUUGAUGUGGAUGGCAAUGGUUGCAUCAGCAAGGAGGAACUGCUGGCAGCAGUGAAAGACCAUGGUGUCGACGAGAAAGAGAUUCAAGAGGCAUUAAGCGAAAUCGACAAAGAUCAGGACGGGCAAAUCAACUACGCUGAGUUUAUGAAGUUAAUGAAGUCCUAGGUGAAGAUCUUGGCCUAGGCCCAUCACUUUUUUAAUCUGCCUAGACAGUUUCAUGGCCACAUUGUGUGAACUGUGUGAACCAUUUCGCACUCGGUACAAUAGUAGCUUGCAACUGCAGCAAAGACGCCGCGUGGGGACAGUAGCUUACGAAAAA